AUGGAGUCGUUGAAGGAAAUAGCUGCAAUGAUGAAGAACGAAGAUAUUUUAAUAGUAUCUGGGGAUUUUAAUUUGUCACGAUUGGAUUGGUAUACUGAUGAUGCUGAAGAUGCUGACAUAGCCAUUCCAAUAAGUGCUUCAUCUGAAAAAGAAAUGGUCGUUUUGGACACCUGUCAUGAUCUGGGCCUUGUGCAAAUCAACAAAAAUGGCAACUUGAAUGGAGCUAUGCUUGAAUUAGUUUGGACUAACAGCACCGAUUUCGUCAAUUGUUCCAAAAAUGAUUAUCACCUACUGAACCAGGAGUCACAUCACAUAUCUUACCGAGAUUUUACGAAUGCCGAUUACGAUACCAUAAAUGAGUCGCUGAAUGACGUCGAUUGGAUGGAAAUGUUUUCCGGUGAUGAUUUGGACUCGCAUAUCACAAAGUUCUACGAACUGAUUGAUUCAGUAAUUUCAUCGAAUGUUGUGAUGAAAACGAAGAAGCUUUCAAGUCACCCAAAAUGGUUUAAUAAUGACCUUAUCAAUUUGAAGAAUAGAGUCAAUAAUCAGUACAAAUACAUAGCAUCCAGACAUACCAUUGAAGAAAAAAACUACGCCAAAAAAGAACACUCCACAUUGAGAAGAGAAUACAAAAAGAGCGCACGUUUGGCAUAUAGAAACUACAAAAUUGAAAUGGAAAAUCUUAUCAACGAAGAUCCACAGAUGUUUUUCGAAUUCGUGAAUGGUUCCAAAAAGACGAAUGAUGAUCUUCCGAAUGAAAUGGUUCUUGGAGAUAAGAAAAGUAGUAACCGAGGUGAGAUAGCACAAUUUUUCGCAACACAUUUUGCCAAAGCGUACACUGAACCGGAUUAUACCAAAAAUGAGAAUUAUUCUGAAGAUGAACCAUUGCUAAAGGAUCUGUAUGCUAUUUUUCCAACUAUCAACAUUACUGAGGAGUUGGUUAUGGAUUCGAUAAAUAACCUUCCAAACAACAUGGUAUCUGGACCUGAUGGAAUACCAAAUAUUUUUGUCAAAGAAUGUACUACAGCAUUGUUGAAGCCAAUAACACACAUGCUGAAGAAAUCAUUAGACACUGGAUUUGUGCCUGAAAUUUGGAAAAGAAUGAAAAACCAAAUACAAACCGAUGCAAUUUACUUGGAUAUUGCGAAGGCCUUUGACUCGGUCAACAUUGAUUUACUAAUACGCAAAUUAGAUAUUAUGGGACUGAAUCAACAAUUACUCAAGUGGAUCAAAUCGUAUUUGUAUGGUCGCCAACAGAUUGUCAAAUUGAAUAAUGACAUGUCGAGCCCUAUUGAAGUUACAUCGGGAACUGGUCAGGUAACGGAUGUUAUUUCAACAUCCAAUACAGCCACUAAUGUCAUAAGUACUCAGUCAGUUCCAAAUCCGCUUUCAUCUACUAUUAUGGCCGAAAAACCAAAAUCAGACAAUUUUCAAUUUCCAAUGCCGAAUGAAACAGAAGACGAAAGAAAGAAAAGAUUUGAGAUGGAUAAAAGAGAAAGGGAAAAAUUCUUUGAUGCUAUACGAGCAAGUCAAGGUUAUCAUGAAAUUUCUAGUAUUCAUCAAGAUGAUCCUACCAUGAUUGCAUCUAAUAAUAAAAAACGCAAAAAUAAUGAAGAUUUGACAUUUAUUGAUAACGAAAGCUCAAAUAAUUUGAACACUAGAGUUGUAAAUCCAAGUACUGGAGCAGUUUCAAAAAACAUUGGAAGAACAAAUCCGAUUGGUCCCACGUUAAAUAAAAUUGAAGAAGAGGAUGAAGAAAAUAUGAUACCUUAUAACGUGAUGGAUAAUAUAAUAUAA